CUGACAGACGCAUAGAGGUAGAGAGGUAGAGUCACCUGCCGUGUCAGAGUGUAUGCAAGUAGUAAGAGUUUCGCAACUGGCACAGGACCUUAGCCUUACUCAGGAGGAAUAAUGCCACUUCCAAUGCAGCCUUCAUACAUUACUCCUUUGAUUUACCUAAUUCCCCUUCUUAUGUUGGGAUCUGGAUGUACAGCGCGCUAUGCAGCAAACUGGACCAGUCUGGAUGCUCGACCUCUGCCCAAGUGGUUUGACGAGGCAAAGAUUGGGAUUUUCGUCCACUGGGGGGUCUUCUCGGUCCCUGGGUUCGGGCAGUAUAGUGAGUGGUUCUGGUACUGGUGGCAGUCCCAAAAGCGCCCAGAAGAAGUUGAGUUCAUGCAGAAGAACUACCCUCCGGGCUUUAAAUACACAGAUUUUGCGCCUGACUUUCAUGCAGAAUUCUUCGACCCGGAUAGCUGGGCAGAGAUUUUCAAAGCCUCUGGAGCCAGGUAUGUGGUAUUCACAUCCAAACACCAUGAAGGAUUCACAAACUGGCCCUCAGCAGGCUCUUGGAACUGGAAUUCAGUGGAUGUAGGUCCUCAUCGGGACCUGGUUGGAGAACUGGCAACAGCUGUCAGGAAGAGGUCACUGCGCUUGGGUCUCUACCACUCUCUAUAUGAAUGGUACCAUCCCCUUUUCUUGCUGGACCAAGCUUCUGGAUUCAAGACUCAGAAUUUUGUUGCCCGUAAGACUCUUCCAGAGCUAGUGAACCUUGUGAUGGCUUACAAACCGGAUCUGAUCUGGUCUGAUGGGGACUGGGAUGCACCAGACACCUACUGGAACUCCACCCAGUUUCUGGCCUGGCUUUACAAUGACAGCCCAGUCAAGGAUGUGGUGGUUACCAAUGACAGGUGGGGUAAGGGCUGCUACUGCAAACAUGGAGGCUACUACAACUGCGCUGACAGGUACAUGCCCGGUGAACUUCCAGACCACAAAUGGGAGAAAUGCCAGUCCAUCGACACCCGUUCCUGGGGCUACCGAAGAGACAUGAAGCUAAGCGAACUCAUGGACCUGCCGUCUAUCAUAAAGGACAUGGUGUAUGUGGUAGCAAUGGGUGGUAACUACCUACUGAACAUUGGGCCAAUGGCAGAUGGCAUGAUUGCCCCGGUGUUUGAGGAGAGGUUGAGGGGACUUGGUGCCUGGUUGGGAAUUAAUGGGGAAGCAGUCUAUGCUUCCAAACCCUGGAGGGUCCAGACGGAGAACAGCACUGUUACUGUCUGGUACACCGCCAAAAACAAUACAGUUUAUGCCAUAAUCCUUGGCUGGCCGGCCAAACAGCCAUUUCAGCUCACAACACCAAGGACGUCUGGGGCCACAAAAGUUACACUUAUGGACUACCCAGAUGUACCACUGAAGUGGGCACCAGUGACACAAACCGCUGGACUGAUGAUUGUUAUGCCUACCAUGCCAGUAUCUCCUGGGAAUGCCUGGUCUCUGAAACUGGAAGGAGUAGUCUAACAUCAGAGAGAUGUAAAAAAAAAAAAAAAAAAAUCAAGAUCCAGUCAUUUUUAGGUCAAGGGGCAUGUCUGUUACAUUUUAAGGUUCAAUGUUACUCCAUAGGUAGAUUUGGUUUGCAGUAAAAGGCAAGGCAUUCCUCUUGACAUUAAUACAACAAACUCAGGACUUACAAAGAGAGAACAAUAAAAAACACUUUGAGGUAUAAAUGGUAAAAACAAGAAGUGCCUUGUUACUACAGUUUUUUUGAUCUGAAUGAUAGCUGCUGAAAGGAAACUAUUUUUACACCGCUUUGUUCUACAUGUUGAGAAUAUAAACCUCCGUCCAGAAAGAAGAAGCUAAAAUUCACUGUGCAAAGGGUGGGAGUCGUUACGUUCUGAGUGUGUUUUUGUAAUUGUAAAUUAGGUGAUCAAUGGGGUGUGAAAUGUAGGGUAAAAUAUGAUUCACUGUGCACAGGAAUAUUAAGUGGCUGUCAAAGCUCACAGCAGGACUAGAAAACAUUUUACGGUCAAUCACUGUGUAAUGUGUAUUUAAUUCCCUCAGGUAUUUACUGUAAGGAUAAAGCUGUGCUCAUUUGUUACCCAUGUAAUUUUCUCUGGAUACCUACAAAAGCUUUUCUUUACAAAAUGUCAUAUAUAUAGAAUCUCAAUGUCUUUUGGAAUUGGAAAAAACUAUCUAUCUAUCUAUCUAUCUAUCUAUCUAUCUAUCUAUAUGUUAAGUGUUGGUGGAUGGGUAUCUUGCACAGUGGAAAAUCCACUGUAUAGCUACAAGUAUAUCUUUGCAUUAAAAUGCCCAAUUUUUAUAUGGGGUUUCCUAAA